CGAUCGAUCGAUUUGAAUUUUUAGAUCUAUUUUAGAGUGAAGAAAAGUUUGUUACAAAAUGAAAGUUAUAUUAGUUACUGUAUUGAGUUGCCUUGUGUUGGCUGCUUUUGUCUACUGUGAUGAAACGCUUCCAGAAGAAACUCUUCCAGGUGAAAUUCUUCCAGAAGACCUUGUUGAUCCUUUGCCUGCUGUGAACACAACUUGCCCAGAAAAUGAAGAAUUUACUUCCUGUGGCACUUCUUGUUCAAGAACUUGUGCUAACUACAUGAACGAUUUACCUGGACCUUGUUCUAGAGAAUGUUAUAUUGGUUGCAAAUGUGCUGAAGGAUUCGUCCAAAAAAGUGCAGAAGAAAAAGUUUGUGUAAGGAAAGAAGAUUGUCCAACAAAUAUUGUACCAAGAAGUGAUGAUGAACAAAACCAACCCAAAGUUCCAGAAGCUGAAGAUGUUAAAGAAGCUGCUGAAGAAACUGUUGCCGAAGAAUAAAUAUGAUCCAAAUAAAGUUUGAAAUAAUUCAAAUUUGAGGAAAAAACGUUGGAACCAGAGAGUAAAUU